AUGUCAAGGGAAUGCCCGAACCAGCGAGCUAUGGUCAUCACGGCUAGUGGAGACUAUGAGUCUCAAGACGAGAUUGAGGUCGACGAUACCAUUGAUUCUGGAGAAGAAGUAGAGUAUCCCGAUACCGGAGAUCUCUUGAUCACUAGGCGGAUUUUGAGUGUUUUCAUCAAUCCAGAGGAGAAGCUACAACGCGAGAACCUAUUCCAUACCCGAUGCACCGUCAAGAGCAAGGUAUGUAAUCUAGUUAUUGAUGGAGGUUCGUGUACUAACGUGGCUAGUGAGUUCAUGGUUGACAAGCUAGGUAUUGAAACCACCAAGCACCCUCGACCCUACAAGCUUCAAUGGCUCGACAACACUACGGUGAUCAAGGUAUCAAAACAAGCCAUUGUACCUUUCAGCGUUGGUAAGUACCAAGACCAAGUAUUGUGUGACGUUGCCCCAAUGUAUGCUGGUCAUCUCCUGCUUGGCCGUCCAUGGCAAUACGAUCGAGCCACCCUUCACAACGGUCGCACCAACUACUACUCCUUCACCCACAAUGAUCGUAAGUAUAAUUUGGCGCCCCUCACUCCCUCUGAAGUCCAUGAACUCCAAGUUCGUAUGGACAAGGAACAAAAGGUAAGUAAGUCUAACCUUAUGAUUUCUUCUAGUGCCGUUUCUAAAACUUUAAGUGCCAAAGGCACUGUGCUACUAAUGGUUUAUAAAGAAUGUUUAAGCACAGGAGCUCAGGAGGUAGUGAUCCCAACUGAGGUCCAAGUCGUACUAGAUCACUUUAAAGAUGUCUUCCCUGAUGAUAUACCACCAGGAUUACCUCCCAUCCGCGGUAUAGAACAUCAAAUCGAUCUUGUUCCUGGCUCAGCGCUGCCCAACAAACCAGCCUACCGGAUGAACCCUGAAGAGAGUAAGGAACUUGAGAAGCAAGUAAGAGAGUUGAUGGACAAGGGCUACAUCCGCGAAAGCCUUAGCCCCUGUGCAGUGCCGGUUCUCUUGGUUCCAAAGAAGAAUGGUACAUGGAGAAUGUGUGUUGACUGCCGUGCAAUCAACAACAUUACAAUCAAGUACCAUCAUCCCAUCCCACACCUUGAUGACAUGCUAGACGAGCUCAGUGGUGCCACCAUAUUCUCCAAAGUUGAUCUCAAAAGCGGCUACCAUCAAGUGAGAAUGCGAGAAGGGGUUGAGUGGAAGACUGCCUUCAAGACCAAGCAAGGUCUCUACGAGUGGCUAGUUAUGCCUUUCGGCCUAACCAACGCUCCAAGCACUUUCAUGAGGCUCAUGAAUCAGGUUCUAAGAAUGUUUAUUGGUAAAUUUGUUGUGGUAUAUUUCGAUGAUAUUCUUGUUUACAGCAAAUGUUUACUCGAUCAUGUUAUGCAUCUAGAACUUGUCUUACAAUCACUUCGCAAGGAAGGUCUAUAUGCCAACCUUAAGAAGUGUUCCUUUUGUACUAAUAAACUUGUCUUUUUAGGCUUUGUUGUUAGUGAACAGGGAUUACAAGUGGAAGAGGAAAAGAUCAAAGCCAUUCAAGAGUGGCCGACACCAACUACGAUCGGCCAUGUCAAAAGCUUCCAUGGUUUAGCUAGCUUCUACCGGCGAUUCGUGAGAGAUUUCAGUACCGUAGCUGCCCCACUUACUGCUGUCAUCAAGAAGAAUGUGCCAUUCCAUUGGGUAGAAACUCAAAAACUCGCUUUCAAGACCUUGAAGGAGCGACUUACGCAAUCCCCUGUUCUUGCCUUACCCGACUUUGAAGUGAUGUUUGAGGUUGAAUGCGAUGCUUCUGGCUUGGGUUUAGGAGCCGUGCUUCAACAGAGGGGCAGGCCGGUGGCUUAUUUCAGUGAGAAGCUUAGUGGAGCUACACUUAACUACCCUACCUACGACAAGGAGCUGUACGCACUAGUUAGAGCUCUAGAGACGUGGCAACACUACCUACUGUCUAAAGAGUUUGUCAUCCAUACAGACCAUGAGACACUCAAACACCUGAGAGGCCAAACAUCACUCAAGAAGAGGCAUGCUAAAUGGCUGGAGUUUAUAGAGACGUUUCCCUAUGUCAUAAAGUACAAGAAAGGGAAAGAGACAUCGUUGCCGAUGCCUUGUCAAGAAGGCAUGCUCUCAUAUUCACCAUGGAGGCCAAAGUACUUGGAUUCGAGCACAUCAAAGACCUCUAUGCAUCUGAUCCCGACUUUGCCGAGAGUUACAAGGAAAGUGGUAAGGGAGCUUAUGGUUCCUUUUAUAUCUUUGACGGCUUUCUUUUCAAGGAUAAGAGACUAUGCAUACCACAAGGGUCUAUGA